AUGUCCAUGCGCAUGCCCGUCUACCCAAAGCGGCCGACGUCAAAGAUGCCCGUUGCAGGGCCGUUCGCGCUGCACCGGAUCCGCAACGAUCAGGUCGAGCACGAGCUCUCGUAUGCUCGCACCGGGUCGGCGAUCCCGGCGUCGCUGCACGGGAUCUGGUGGAUGGACCAGCGAGGCGUGCACCUCCCGCAGCCUUCCGAUCCCGAGUACAGACAGGUCGUUGAGAGCUCGGCCGACGAACUGCUCGUCACGUGGGGUGACGGCGCGGGUUGGGACCCGGCCACGCGAUGCGUCGGUCGCGUGCCAAUCUAUGGAGGCGCAGCGGGCCACUGGACGUUCAUGGACGUUUCCGCAAGCGGCACGAGCGGUGUCUUUAGCUCGGCGCUGGACAACCGAGCGAUGCUCGACUUCUGCUUCACCGACAAUACCAUGCAGACCAUCGACCUGCAUCUCUACGUUAAGGCCUCUUCCAUCGUGGGUAGCGCUCCCUCCGAUGCUUACGUCGAGCUUCCGAUGUGGGCCUUUCACAUGAGCAUGGAGCGCCGCCCGUGGGGAUGGGACCGGGUCACGCGAGUGCUCGACGCCGCCGCGCUGCUGCAGAUCUCGCACGCCCUGCCGCCAGGCCUGCUCUCCUCCCUCUCUGCCGUCGAGGCGCACUAUCCCCCCCGACUCCUGGCCCGCUUAUAA